CAGAUAAUAAACCCAAAGCACCACGUGCUUUAUGACAGGUUCACGAGGCACGUUUCGUGCCAGGAUAUUCGUUUCCCCCUUGUAACUAUGAACAUUGGUAACUUGUCUGUAUUAAUAUUUUCUUCAGCAUCUGCAUCCUGUGAUUAAUUUACAGUACGUAUCUUAACAGUCAAACAUCAUUUGCAGGUAGUCCAUACUUUAUGAUAAACAGUUUCUGGUUUACAUGCAUUUUCUUUCCAUUCAUUUUUUAGUUUACAACGUGCCAUUUGUUUCCCAUAUUAUGGGUCCCAUGUGGAAAACACGAGGAACAAAAUCCCAUUCUUGAUUCUUAACCGGUUGGAUGUUAACGUAAUGUUGUAUAUUAAAUAUUCUUUGUUUGUUAUUGUACCUUUACUCAAGUUCAGAGUAAAGGUAUUACUGUGGCUCUGGUGUUGAUGAUUUUAGGGAAAGUAUCAAAGACCUUGAUAGAUGCGACUACUUAUAUGUAUUACCAAUAAGUGGCAUAAUACACAUCAUGUAAUCAGUUCAAAUGAGAUAACAGGAUUUAUGAUGCAUCUAAAAUAUACACAAUGGGCAUAUUCUAAAUUCAGGUACAGAUUUGAAUCUGUCCCUCUUCACUACAAUGUCAGCCUCCGAAUGCUGACCACGAUCGACUGAUCUCGCCCCACUAACUCUAACCCGCUUUAGCGAAGGUGUCACGUAAGCCAAUCAGCUUCUAUCGACUUGCUCUCCACGUCACCGAGGUCCCACUAUUUGCAGGAGAGACUCAGAGGCUCCGUUUCAGAAAGCCUCUCACAAAAGUCCCAAAAUCUGUUCCCAAGUUAUGCACAACAUGCAAUAUGAUUUAGACGAGUUGGGAAUCCGGUCAGGCGGACAUGUUUUACCUCAUGACAACAUGUGCAUUAAUAAACAGAUACAAUAUAUAUUGCAUCUCAUAACAGUCCAGCAGACGGUGAUGGAGGCUGCAGUAUGACUUUUUGUUGAGGGGUGGGUGCUCUAUUUUACGCCUGUACAGUAAUACGAUUAGCAGUCUAAUCCAGGAGGAGUCCGGAUUACCCCCUAACCCCCCCCACAGAGCAGCAGACAGCAGAAACCAGUUCUUGGAGACAAUUGCAAUACUUUUCCAACACAUUCUUCGGGGUUAAUUUAUUCACAUCCGCAUGCUUGAUCUGUCACCCUCGGGUGGGAUAGACAAAAAGGAGCGCAGAGGGUCCUGUGAGGUUUUUUUUUGCCCCCUCCCCGGCCACACGGGGAUAAUCCGAGAGGAAUCAAAUCAAGCAAGGCUACGAGGAUUGACUUUCUACAGAGCAGGAGAGCGUCAGCGCUGGUGGAUGUCGGUGACAACUGUUGGCAACUGCGUCGGGGGCAGAGCUCGUUUCCGUGGAUGUGGACUCCGGGCAUCUCGUCUCACUCACUGCAGGCUCUGCUAUGACUGUGGAUGGGAGUUUAAGCGACUGUUUAUAUGGCACUGUAUGCAAAGACGAAAGGUGGAGCUCUGAUGGAAUACAUCAGAGCCCCCAGGGCGAAGUACACGUUGGUGGGAGAAGCUUUACGUUACGUCAUUCCGGGACACGUGCAAUGCUCAAUCGGCUGCGGAGGGCUAGCCUGCAAGUUCGACAACCCGAGUUACUGGAGUGAUACGGAACAGGCCAUCAAAGGCCUCUACUCGUCCUGGGUUUCCGACCAUCUCCUCGCGAUGUCCAGACCCUCGACGGAAACCAUCGAGAAGUACGACAUCAUCGACCAAUUCAGAAGGUAUGGUAUUAAAACAGUGAUCAACCUACAGAUACCCGGUGAGCACGCCAGCUGCGGGAACCCUCUGGAGCCAGAGAGCGGCUUCUCGUACCGCCCGGAGGUCUUCAUGGAAAACAACAUUUAUUUCUACAAUUUUGGCUGGAGUGACUACGGGGUGGCCAACCUCACCACGGUGCUGGACAUGGUGACGGUCAUGGCCUUCGCGCUGCAGGAGGGGAAGAUCGCGGUCCACUGCCACGCCGGUCUCGGCAGAACAGGUGUGCUGUUGGCGUGUUUCUUGGCCUACGCGACCAGGUUGAACGCCAACCAGGCCAUCUUGUACGUCCGCGCCAAACGCCCCAACUCCAUCCAGACCCGAGGUCAGCUGCGCUGCGUCAGAGACUUCGUCCAGUUCCUCGCCCCUCUGAGGAGCGUGUUCUCCUGCGCCGAGCCUCGGUUCAACCCGGUCACCCUGUCCCAGUACCUGAACCGCCAGAGACGCAUCCUGCACGGCAUCGAGAGGAAGGAGCUCAAGCACCUUCCGAAGAUCGUCCGGCUGGUGUCUAGGCUGCUGUUGGACAUCGCGGAGAACCGGCAGGUGAUCGAGGAGGACAUCCUGGAGGCGCCCGAUAUCCACGACAUCGAGAUGACCCUCAGCGUCAUCGAGAAGAUGGGCCCGGAGUUAUUCACCAAGGAGCCCCGCUUGCCCGGCGUGCCCACGCUGCCCAGACAUUUCAACGAGCCGCCCAUCUUCUACCAUCGCAAAAGCCUGAGCUACAGCGAGUCGGACCUGAGGCGGCUGGGCUCGCAGCUCAACCUCCUCGCGCAGCAGCAGCCCCCCAUGUCGCGGAGCAACGUGGAAAUGUCCAUCACCCCGCCCGAGACCGCCGGCCCGGCCCCCGAGCGUCGAGGCUGGGAAGGCAACGUGUCGGACAUCUCACACGGCUCCUCGGGCUCGCUCUGGCAAAUGAAGAACGUGGAGAACCAGAGCGACGGCUCCAUCCUGCUGAGGAGGAGGCAGCGGAAAACCAUCCAGCGCAGCGAGUCCGUCGGAAACGACGAACCCGCCAAGAGCGGUACGAUGCUGUCCCGGUGGAAGGCGGAGCAGAGGGGGGAGCCGGAGACGAACGGGGAGAAGCACGGAGAAGAGGAGCAUUCGGAGGUGCCCUUCAUCACCCUGCAGACAGAGUUGUCCCUGGACGCCAGGAGGCUUCUCGUGGCGCACGCACUGGCAGUGGACCUGUUUCUCGAUGGGGAAGAAGAGCAGAAUAACAAAGUCUUGGCCUGGCAGGCCGAGCUGAACCAAGGCGGUUGCUGGGACAGGCUGUGCACGGAGCAGGAUCCCUUCAUCCUCAGUGGGCUCAUGUGGGCGUGGCUGGAGCAGCUUAAACAGCCGGUGGUCUCCGUCCAGGAAGCCGAGGCCCUGAAACCCGCCGACGCCGACGCUCAGAGCGUCCUCGACGCACUGGACCAGGCCUCCAAGCAAACAUUAACGUGCAUACUAGAUUGUAUGGCUCACAUGCUGGCGGUACCGGAAGAGGUGGAGACCGCUUUCCUGAAUCGUACCAUCAAGGCUUUCACCUGGGUGGAAAACAACUCGGAGGAUGCAGGCAAAGUGUACGAGUCCAUGACCGCGGCCCUACGGUGCGUCCUCAAGGACAUGAGGCGUUUGGCCCUCGGCGCGGAGGCGUGAGAGAGGCUCUUUUUUUUGUGCCUUGUGACAAAA